AUGGCUUCUCCCCCACCGACCCCGCCAUCUGCGCUUCCGUCGAGUCGUGAGGAGAAGAGAUUCAAAAGCACACGAGGAGUGUCUGAGUGGGCUGAAAAAUAUCGUCCAGGCCACUUCCAUCCCGUCAACCUUGGCGACAUGUUCCAGAACGGCAAGUACAGAGUCAUCCGAAAGCUGGGCUACCAGAGUCCGCAACAAUCAAGCGAUAGGCAGAUUGAUUACCGGAUUAGGCCUCGAAAGAUCACUAUCUGUACACCACGCUACGUCGCACUCAAAAUCAUGGCUGCCAACGUUGAAUUGUCAGAGACGGAGCUGUCGAUACUCCAACAUCUCUCAACAAAGGCCAUCGGAGACCCAUAUUCUCGCCAUGUCACUGUACUAUUAGACGAGUUUCAGCAUAAAGGCCCCAAUGGAAAGCACCAAUGUCUGGUUUUUGAACCAAUGGAAGGUGUGGAGGAGAAAGAGCUCCUACAAGACGAAGCCUCGACUGAGGUGCUUGUGGAACGCUUAGAUGGGAAGACGGACUUGUGGGCUCCCAAGAAACUCUUUUUCAAGCAGUCUCUACACGACCGUAUAAAACUUGAUUCAGAGCUCAUGGUAAAGCUGUUUGAUCUAGGCUCAUCGUUCUGGGCAGCCGAUACACAAGCACGGACCGUGACACCCAUCGGACUCCGAGCCCCAGAAUUGAUCCUUGGCCAAAAGUUCGGCAGAGGGGUUGAUAUCUGGGCCAUUGGAUGCUUAAUGUUCGAGUUGUUGACGUCAAGGUCGCUCUUCUCUGUCAUGCUAUCCGGACCUGACUCCGAGGCGCAGGAGGAUGCAGACGAUGAUCAUCUCCUCCAACUGAACGACCGCAUAUCCCCACUUCCAGACGAUACUAUGAAAGCAUGGCCUGGUUCUAGCGACUGGUACGGUCCGAAUCGUGAACCGCUCAACCCAUAUGGUGAUGAGGCCCCUGUUAAAUAUAGCUCCCUUGAGGAGCACUUUAACCAAUACAAAAACCCUGAGAUCACUAAUGAAGAAGCGGCGGAUUUUCUUUCGAUAAUGCGGCAGAUUCUGGUAUAUGAUCCGAAUAUGAGACGGAGUGCUGAAGAGUUGCUGAAGCAUCCUUGGUUUGUGGAUUAG